CUUGUGGUUACAUGUUUUUUCCGUUCUUCGACCGUUUGUUGUUUUUUAUUUACCCUGCUCGUCCUUGCUCAAGGAUAUAAAGCUGGUAAAACGAUCAGAAAGUAUCUAACUGUGACGGAUUUCACGAGGACAGGACACGUUUAAAUUUAAAAUACCGAAUCAUACGCGAGCACACAGAUGGCUGAACCGCUAAAGAAAAAGGUGUGCGUGGUAGGCGCAGGCGCGGCGGGCUUGUGCGCGGCGAACCAUUUCGCGCGCAAUUCGAACUUCGAGGUGAACGUUUACGAGCAAACGAACGAUAUCGGUGGCACGUGGGUUUACAAGGAAGCGACUGGACUCGACGAGAACGGUUUACCGAUACACUCGAGCAUGUAUCGGGAUCUGAGAACGAAUUUACCUGCGAUAAUCAUGAAUUUCCCUGACUAUCCGAGAAUGAAUGCCGUAGAACCUUGUUGCGCGACCCAUCAGGAAGUUCUAACCUAUUUAAAAAAUUACGCGGAGCAUUUUGGUUUGCUGAAAUAUAUUCAGUUUAACACGAGAGUAGAAACCGUUCGAUUAGAGACCUCGUCCGAAAACGAGGAGAAAUGGAUCGUUCGGAUAAAAAAUUUGAAAACGAAGGAAGAGGAAGUGCUCGCGUACGACGCUUUAAUGAUAUGCAACGGGCAUUACUUCGAUCCUUACACGCCAACCAUACCUGGCAUCGAAACGUAUGCGGGAACGGUGUUGCACAGUCACUCGUACAGGAAACCAGAAAUUUUUUCCGGGAAGACUGUUUUAAUUCUAGGGGCAGCCUCUUCCGGCGUGGAUAUCGGAAUCGAUCUGGCCAAUCACGCGUCUCGAGUGUAUUUGAGUCACAACAACGAAAGGCUCAGCGGCAUUUUACCAUCGAACAUGAUCGAAACGAUGGGCGUGGAGAGGAUAGACGAGGAUAAAAUAUUUUUAAAAGAUGGAAGUUCAAUUACCGCGAACGUGUUCGUAUUUUGCACAGGCUAUCGAUACAGUUUCCCGUUUUUGAACGAAAACUGCGGCAUACGCGUGGACGCCAAUCACGUGACUCCCCUGUACAAACAUUUGAUAAACAUCGAUCAUCCCACGAUGUGUAUCGUCGGGAUACCAAUGGUCGUUGUACCGUUUCCGAUGUUUCACGUGCAAGUGCAAUACUUCCUUGCUCUGCUGGAGAAGAGAGCAAACUUGCCAUCGAGAUCGACCAUGCUGGAGGACUCGAAGUUGCAAGCAACGAAGAAGAGACAUGCGCACAAAUUAAUAGACAAACAGUGGGAAUACAAUAACUCGUUGGCGGAUGCCGGUGGUUUCGAUCGUUUGCCAAAGCUGUACAAACUGGGCUACGAUGCUUGGACGUCGCAGAGGAAAAUAAAUCUGUUGAGAUACAAGAAGGCCAAAUUUCUGAUCGACGAGGACGCGGAAACCGUCCAGCUGGUCAUACCGGAAUGAAGUGCGCAGGUGUGGGGUUCGACGCUUCCCGUACUCGCCGCCAGAGGGACCAUCUCUCCCGCAAGCGUUCGAGCGACCCUCCAUCGCUAUAUAUACGCUCCUCCACCGACUAUCUAAUAUCCCAGCGUCUGAGGCAGGGACGAGAUGAACCCUCUCCUCUCUCUCUCUUCCA